UGGGGGGAAAUAAUCAUACAUUCAGCAAGUGCUUACCUAGUUCUUAUGAACUCUGAACUGGGCCACGGCGCUGUGUGUCUUAUCGGUCUGUGGCAGGAAAGAUCCAUACAGCGAUCCUCCAACACGCUCUGCAGCCUCGGUUGCCAGUGCAGAGGAUAAAGGGAAGCCAGCUGGCUGUGGUUGGCAGAGAGGACUUCUUGAAAGAGGAAGCGCUCAAGCAGACAGUGAGUCUAGAAGAGGUGGUAAAGGAGAAGAAAGGGGAAACGAGGUCCAGCGAGGAGGCCCCUCGUUUCUGGCAUUCCACUGGCCAGGUGUCCCUGGAGGAGGUUGGGCAUCAGGCCUCCCUCCCUAGGGCAGCAGAAGCAGCCUGGGCACCAGCUGGCCAGAGGCACCCCAGGCCAUGUCAGAGUUUUGAGUGAGGCCUGGUGACAGGGAGCAGCUGCCACCCACCGGCCUUCCCAGCCUGGCUUCAAGAUGCUGAGCCUGAAGCUCCCCAGGCUGUUCAGCAUAGACCAGAUGCCCCAGGUGUUCCAUGAACAGGGCAUCCUCUUUGGCUACCGACAUCCACAGAGUUCUGCCACUGCCUGUAUCCUCAGCCUUUUCCAAAUGACCAAUGAGACCCUCAACAUCUGGACUCACUUGCUGCCUUUCUGGUUCUUCAUGUGGAGGUUCGUUACCACACUGUACGUGACAGACGUCCAGAAUGACAGCUACUCCUGGCCUCUGCUGGUGUACAUGAGCACCAGCUGCGUGUACCCCCUUGCAUCCAGCUGUGCGCAUACCUUCAGCUCCAUGUCCAAGAACGCCCGGCACAUCUGCUACUUCCUGGACUAUGGCGCUGUCAACCUCUUCAGCCUGGGCUCGGCCAUCGCCUACUCUGCCUAUACAUUCCCCGAUGCUCUGGUGCAUACCACCUUCUGUGACUACUACGUGACCCUGGCUGUGCUGAACACCAUCGUCAGCACUGGCCUCUCCUGCUACUCCAGGUUUCUGGAACUCCAGAGGCCCAGGCUCUGUAAGAUGCUCCGCGUCCUUGCAUUUGCUUAUCCCUACACCUGGGACUCCCUCCCCAUCUUCUACAGGCUAUUCCUGUUCCCAGGGGAGAAUGCGCAGAACGAAGCCACUGUGUACCACCAGAAGCAUAUGGUCUUGACUCUCCUGGCCUCUUUCUUCUACUCUGCCCACCUGCCGGAGCGCCUAGCCCCUGGAUGCUUUGACUACAUCGGUCACAGUCACCAGCUGUUCCAUGUGUGUGUGAUCCUGGCCACACACAUGCAGAUGGAAGCCAUACUUCUGGACAAGACUCUGAGGAAGGAAUGGCUCCUAGCCAACUCCAGGGCCCUGUCUUUCCCUCAGAUAGCUGGAGCCAUACUUCUCUGCCUCAUCUUCAGCCUCAGCAACAUAAUUUAUUUCUCAGCUGCUCUGUAUCGGAUUCCCGAGCCAGAAUUACAUAAAAAAGAAACAUGAUUCAGACCAUAAGCUUUUUGUGUCAGAUGUCAACAUUAAGCUAUAACAUCCUCACCACCAUAAGCCAGUGGUACUGGUUUAGAGUGACCUAAAAUACUCAUAAUGAUUGGUGUCUUGCCAUUUUUGAAUGGGUUCAUAUCAAUAGGGUAUUUAACUGGGGAAAAUUCUCUAGAUGUGCACUGAUUCUGUAUGUGUGAUUUUGAAAGGGGAACAUGGGUUCAAGUAAGUCCUCGUUCAGGCAAAUCAUUAAUAUUUCAUUAAAUUUUAAAUUUAUUAAAAAUGACUUUUCCAAUUCUAUUUAAAUAGUUCGAUUAAACAGCUUGGUUUUCAUUGAUAUGAUUUUCAGCAACUCACCACCGAACAAUGUGUCCCACUUUCUACUCUGCAUAGUACUAAAACACUGAGCAUUUUCUCAUCUGUUGCAUUACUAACUAAAGUUCAAUAUUUCAUGAUGUGUUCUAAGCAUACAGUAAUGCUGACAUAAAAUAAUUUUUAACAGAGGCCCAUCAACCCCUGAUCUACACUUGCUAAUGACUUAAGGGGCCAUCCACAAUGCAGGAUCCUCUUUGCUAACUCAGGAAACACCUCCAUAUCUUAGAAUACUGCCUCUGUGGUUAACUGGCUCAGACACUUGAAUGGCCUUGUAAAUAGCUCAUUGUCUAAUUCUCUAAGGACAAGUAGCAAACAAUUUAUAUUGGAUGAGAGUGGUCAAGAAAUAUAAUUUCAUUAGUUUUAUUUGUUUACUUUCUCUGGGGAAGGUAGACUGAUAAAAUUAUAUGGGUUGGUAAAUUUUUUGGUACCUUAAUUGCAACCUGUAUGACAAAAUUUGUUUUUUAGUAACAGUCUGAUAUCAUUAAUGGAAUUUUAUUUCAGAAGGGUUUGUGGGCUUCCAUUUCAUCUUACUAUAACUUCAAUUUUAUAGUGAAAAAAGGUAAAAUAUUUAAAUAUCCUAUUUUAGUAAUGCCAAAGACAUGAAGCCUUUCAAAUACUCUUGUUUAUAACAAUAAAAUAAUAUUCUUUGUUUAGCUCAAAUAAUUGAAAGAUAAUGGGUGAUUUGAAGGAAUUUUACACUUUUUAAUCUUUGGUUAUGUUGUUUUUUCAUCAUGCUUAAAGAUAAAAAUAAAAUGUUAAGUCCACAAAAUAAGACCAAGUGUUCAUAACUUUUUUAUAAUUUUGGUAAACUUAGUUCCAUUGUAUACUUUUGGAAUUACAAAUUAAAAUUUUAUAACAGUUUUCAGUACACUGAUUUGAAAACUUCUAAUAUGGAGUGAGAAUGAGUUCAAAUAUAUUAAUUAUCAUUAAGUAUUAAGUCUGAACCAUCCCAGAAAGUUAAAAAGGUUGGCAUGAGGUCAGGUGAAGUUUUUUAAUGCUGUUCUCAAAAAAAUUUGAAUGUCUCAAUAUACUUUUGAGAUAUGCCAUGUCCCCUUGAUGGCAAUUGUUCACCGUGGCACUCAUUGUCUCGAAAGGGAUUAUAUGGCAGCAGGUAGACUCCUAAUGGGAUGCCCUCUUCCUCCUCCCUCUCUUUGAGAAACACUACUCUAAAAUUUACCAGAUAUAGUUGUGAUCAAACUUAAAUGCAUUUGAAUGAGACCGUUUAGUCAAACUGUAUCUCCCUUCACUCAUUGUAGAGUUUGAUUUUCCAUUGCUCAGUUUUUAGAAAGUAAAGCUCCAACUUCUUUCUAAAGAUAUGAAUUUGUCAUUGUUGACUAGAAUUAGAAGCAGGAAGUUUAGAAGCCUUUUUGAGUACAAAGUAAUCUAAAUAUUUGGUCUGCUGCAAUCUUUCUUGAAGUGUUUUUUUGUGGAACUGCUCAUCUGAGAGGUUCUGAAGAAGAUAGGUGGAAUGGAAUGGGCUCGUCAAAUAUGUAGAAGAAACACUUCAUUUGGCUCUACUGUGUCUUAAAUUUGUUUUGGUCAUGAUACCCUUCUUACAUGAAAUACCUACUAACACUGUAUUAACGACAUUUAAUGACGUAUUAGUUGAAUGCCGGCCUCUGAUUUUCUAGUCAACAAUCCAUUAUGGAUAAAAAGGCAAAGACCCAUUCCCAAACUCAAGAUGUUUUUCAAUGUCUGUUUUUCUUAAACUCUGUGGGAGAAAUAAAUAAAUAAAAUGUAUUUAUUAUAA